UAAUAUACAGUAGCUAUGAAGCCCGGACACAUUGUACUUUUUGUGUUAUUAAAUUUAAUACACUUUGUCUUUAACUUUAUUCGUCUUUACCGCCGCAAGCUGGAAACUGAUAACGCCAACAAAAAUGACGGCCUCGGAGCCUAAGCAGUUGCUCACGCCGUCAAAUAAAAUUAUUGCAGCCCUGGCACAUGGAACAGCUGUUUAAAACUUUGUUUCGAAAACACAAAUAUGGAGUGCGUAAGUUGUGCAACUAUAACAGAUAAAUACAAAUGCAGCAAGUGCUUAGCACCUUACUGCUCAGUUAAUUGCUACAAGGAACACAAAACACAGCCACAGUGUACGGAAAUUGCCGCAGUCAAGCAAGCACCGCAGCCUGCCAAAAACGUGACCGAAGAAGAGCCCACAAUAUAUGCACCUUUUAGCACGGAGGAUACUGUGCCGCUUGACAAGCUGCAGCAAUUGAAGAACUCUGAACCAUUGCGGCAACUGCUCCAUAAUCCACAUCUGCGUGCGCUGCUUCAGCAAAUCGAUGUAGCGUAUAAUGCAAACCUGGCUAUGACCGCUGCCAUGCAGGAGCCGCUUUUCGUGGAGUUCGCCAACGCUUGUCUGCAGGUCGUGGAGCCCAUGACGGACGCGGAGCGUGCGGAGCUGGCGCUGUGCAGUUGAAAAGUCUGUUGUGCCCACGUCUCGUACAUGUAUUUAAAAUUAUGCCAUAAUAUAUGUAGUUAAAUUUAA